CAAUUAGGUUAUUGCAUGGAAUAAAGUAUAAAGCAUGGAAUAUUGCAUGAAGUAUCAGACAUCUGCAAUAUCCAUAGCAUGGAAACACAUCAGUUGAAAUUGAGGAAUAUCCUAAAGAAAAUAGCCUUCAUUUUAAUAGAUCGAAUGUCUGAGCAAAAAUAAAACAUAGAUCAGAAAUAUCUUCCCCGAAUUUUCGAAAACUUAGCUAAUAUAAAAUUCAAGGGGAAAUCCGUAUACGUCUGACCGUUUCAUGAAUUGGUGAAACAAGUAGUGAUUCUUCCAAUCUAUUUCACAGUUGUGUGUAGAAGAGCGCAAACUGCAGUUUACAACAACGAAUGGUUUAUAUGUUAUCCUGAGCGAUACAUUUUUUACUAAACAGGUUGAUGCCGAUUUUAUUCGUCACAAUAUGCAAACCUUCAAAAAUUUCUACCAGUGUGUUUUUAAAAUUAAUUUCGUGUCAAUGUGAAAUUGUUAUUUUGUAAAAGAAGUCUAAGCUUUAUUUGAAGUGGAAUUAUUCGAAAAAGAAUUCAAUGGAAUAGAAAAAUCUACUCAAAGAGAAUAAUGUAGGCCGUACGUAUGAUGUGUUUAUCCUACAGACUGUAUUGUGCAAGAUACCAAGAAUAUCAAAUUCAGUGAAACACAUCGUAAGGGUACUGCCGUGGAAAACACCGUCGCGUUUUCUAACUUCAAUAUUCAGCGGCUCCUGCAGUCAAUUAUGUUGAAUGAAUUAAGGAAAAAUUAAAGUGUUUGAACAUUGGGAAAGAAAUGCAAUGCCAGCUGAAGCUAGCUUCAGUCGCUGCGUGUCACGUGAUCAGUGUCGACCUAUCAGAUUUCAGUUGGUCAGUGCACACACUAAUCAGUGAAAAUAAGCACCUCUUCUCACUGCCGAGGCUGCUUCUCUAAAGCAGUACUUAGUUUGCAGUGGGUCGUGAUAUGACAGCUUCUUUUCUUUCAGCCCCUUGGAGGACUGAUACAAUCAGGUACCUACACAACAGAAAUAACACCACUAACUCGGAAAUGGAAGGAUUGGGAGGGAACGUCCCUUCUAAUCAAUGCAGGAAUUUUCUGUCUCCCUCUGCAUUUGGAGCUCAUCAUAAUUCGUUAUCUUCGGGUCCCGCUUACUCCGUCGGAGAUCGAACGCAUUCUGUCAUUUCUGAAUCUGCCAAGCAGUGCAGCCCCUGCCCAGCUCCCACAAGCCCUCCCAAUCCAGCGAUAAGUUACGGCUAUCAUUUUGGAAGCAGCUACUACAGUUGUCGAAAUGUUGGCAUUCAGCAAACUGGACUGAAAUCCGGUGCCCAUGCAUCUCUGGCCGGUUAUCCAGUGGACAAAUACAUGGACGUUUCGGGUUUGACUAACACGCCUGUCCCCACUGACGAGGUGUCAUCCAGGGCAAAAGAAUUUGCAUUUUAUCAGAGCUACCCCAAUCCCUACCAACGGGUCUCUGGUUAUUUGGACGUUCCAGUAGUCCCUACAAUAAGCGGGCACGGAGAGCCAAGGCAUGAAGCCUUAAUUUCCAUGGAGGGCUACCAGCCUUGGACAUUUGCUAAUGGCUGGAAUGGUCAAGUAUAUUGUCCGAAAGAUCAGACACAGACUCCACAUUUCUGGAAAUCUCCUCUGCCAGGAGACGUGAUGCACAAUCAGACUGACAUAAACAUUUACAGACGAGGGAGGAAGAAAAGGGUUCCUUAUACGAAAACUCAGCUCAAAGAACUGGAGCGAGAAUACGCCACAAACAAAUUCAUAACUAAGGAAAAAAGACGAAGGAUAUCCACUGCCACCAAUCUUACCGAAAGACAAGUCACCAUCUGGUUUCAGAACAGAAGAGUCAAGGAGAAGAAAGUGGUUUCUAAAGUCAAAGAAAAUAUACCUUGAUACCGCAGAUAUCAGGAACCGUGCUGGCGUAUUGUGAAUUACAUGUGAUGGUCUUCUCUUCAGAAAAGGAAACGAACUGAAUGUGGAAGAUUUUCGAGCCACAGCUUCGGAUUUAUAAACAAAUCGUAAAAUAACAAUUUCCACAAAAUGUUGUGCAAAACUUGCUAAAAUACUUGAUCUGACUUCAUCACCACUUUCAAAGAAAUAAGGCACUCUUCAGUAUGUGAAAAGUCCCACAUUCGCAUACUUGUCUUGUGUUACCGUGCUGGAUUAUUUUCACGAGUGGCAUUGCACAUGCUGUCGCAAAUAAAUGCUUAGUUCAGUCUUAAGUCAUAUUUUCGAGGGUUCAGCUAAAUUGCUGAUGUUUGCAACACCCAGAUAAAAUGGCGACUACAACUGAUUAUACAAUCAAACAUAAAAAUUGACAUUAAGUGAAAAGUAUUUAUGACUUUCUUAAUGCAAAGCAUUUUUAUUUAACAUUUAGGUUUUCAGUCAUGCUUUGCAAGGUGGCUGAGUUGCGAGUGGAUUCAAAUGCUAACAAUAUAUAUUAGCAACGAAUCCAUUCCGUUGUGAAUAAUUGAAAAUAUACUGCUAGGAUACCAUUUUAAAUCUGUGCCAGGUAGAAAUUGAUUAUAAAUGAGAUAGUUACAGAUUAACUGCGGUACAAUCUCGUAAGAUAUUUUAUCAUAUUAAUCGGCAGCGAACUUACAAUCAUUUUCAUAAUAAAUUAUUUAGCUUAGAAAGAACGUUCUGUUUACUCACUGCAGAAGGUUCUGUAGUAACAUGUUGUCCUAAACAAAUGUAAGCGUUAAUCAUAAAUUCAAUCUCAAACGAAAUGCUUGUCAAAGUUAAGAUGUCCUUAAAAGUUAUGUUAAAGUAUGAAAAGCUAUGUUUCUGCAUAUAAGUCUUCUGUUCAUUUCAAACUGUUAUUUUCGAAAGAAGUGCUAAUAUAUUUGAAAGCCCCAUGAUAGUUUUGAAUGCGGUGCCUUUAAUUGAAACUUUUACAGCUGUUUCCUAAUUACUAACUUGUUGCGCUGUAUACCUAAAUUGUAAUCACGUUAACUAUAGGAGUAACAUAGUGGAGAAGUUUGGCAUUAUUUCUAUGUUUUAUGUACAAUUUUAAGUAUUUGCUCAUUUUGUCCAUCAUUUUCUUUAUGCAGGACGAGUUAAAUAUGAACUCGGGAGGUUUUCUUACUUGAUUAUGCCGUGUAAAAUAUUAAAACAAAUCACACUUUAACUGUC